UCACGAACCCAUCGCAAGGUGAAACAAAAAAUGUGAAAACCUCGCACGCACCACGCUGUGUGCACCAUGAAGAACACAAUCCACAUCAUUACCCCGAAGAGAACCACGAUAAGGUACCGUGCGGCACAAGAACCUCUGAACAAAACAUCACAUUGUUUGCCAACCAUUUCAAUAUGGAAAUUGCCWCUCACGGAAAGGCAAAAGUUCGGCCAGCCACACCGAAACGAGGAGCCGAACGUCGAUGCCACAGAAACUACUUUUCGACCCGCUAUGCCGCUUCUGCCAUAUUGAUUGUAUCGCUCUUUGUUCAAAGCCAGCUCGUUGUGUUGCUAGAUCAGAAGGCAUCUGACGGGAACGGUGAUGGGGGAUUUUUUGUCUCUGCCUUCCUCGGCUCGCCGGUUCCGGCUUCGAAAACCUUCCCUCGCACCGGUCGCCCGAAUCUGGCGAUUGAUGRAAAAUGGAAUUCUCUGGCUUCUCCUGCCUUAUUCCUGAGACCURACAAAGACACAGGGACCGAUGCGAACGAACACGAAAAUCAGACUCCCGGAGACUUGUCUUUUGAACCUUUGGCAGAAGCAGCUGYGAAAUCCGCAACGAUGUCGCCCAUUCCAAUGACGCCUCGGAGCAUUCGAGUGGAACGAAUGCCUAGAUUACCGGUGUGGCCCGUUUGGGCCGGAGUGAUUGACUUUUUUGUGGGAUGGAUCUUUGGUGCCGAAGCGGGGAGUCGACUGGAACAAUAUUGGCUGGGGGGGCGCGUCUGUCCGAUGCAGCUGGACGGAAGAUCGACGAGUCCCUUUCUGCUGUUGGUCCAUCACCACCACAAUUUUUGGAAGUGGGAUGCUUUGUUUCGCAAGCUCUCGGCUCUGGUCUUGCCGGAAGGAUUUCCGGCCCAUCCCCACCGGGGAUUCACCACCCUCACGUAUUUUUUGCCAGACACAAAARGGAAAUCAAACGAUGGCAGCGGAGGAGGAGGGUUUGUGCACCGCGACUCGAUCGGCGUCAAGCAAACCUACGGAACCAAAGGUACAUACAAACACCAGGCCCAGUGGUUGUUCACGGGGUCUGGCAUGCUCCACGAGGAAAUGUUUGAUUUCUUGCAAGACRACUUUACCGGCAACCAAUACAAUUCUAGGUAUGAACUCUACCAGCUGUGGGUCAACGUUCCGGGACGGCACAAACUAGAUCCGCCGAAGGUCCAGCUGUUGCGAACCGUGGACGGCAACGACGAAGAUGCCACGGAGGGAGGAGCCGAAAGCGAAUCCGAGGGAACCAUGCCGAAUAUUUCCACGACCCAUACGGUUGAAAAAUUGACCACAACGUGCGAUGUUGUGGUCAUCGCUGGGAACUAUAAGCCAAACGAAACCGACAAUAAGGACAACAAUGGAAUUGGAAAUUCGGUUUAUCAAAGCGAGGCAGCACCGCUUCAUUCAGAUUUGAGUGUUUUGCAUGUCACGGUUACGGUCACAGAAGCAGAAACAACCGAAGAAAGCCUCGAGACACUUUCCUCAAAGCAGGAAAUAGGUUGGACCUAUGAUAUUCCCUCGGAUCACCAUACACUCAUUGUCUACGUUCGAAAAGGGUCUUGUAUMAUGGAGACGAUUACAACACCAAAAAAUAGUCGCGACGUGUCGUCGCGGUCAUCAUCUGGAGCUACCGAAGUUCCGAUCCACUCGACUGUCUUUAUGGAGAAGAACAAUSGUUCACCAGCGGAGUCCCAUGUUGUGCACGAACAACUCAUUGUUCGACCAAGCAAACCCGACGAUCCAGUGGACAUAUUGGUCCUAUCGGGGCGCCCCCUUUAUGGAGAAGCGACAUCUAACUCCGGUGGUAGUAGCGCAGUCGUUGAACCGAUAGCAAUGCAGGGAAGCAUGGUUAUGAACAACGACUUCCAAAUACAGGAGGCUUACCGGGAUUACCAGAUGGGUCAAAUGGGCGUACCGUGGGAUCACGAAUUGAACGACGAACAAUGGACGGAUCACGUCCGUCAAACAACGUCAAGAACAAGAUAAUAUUAAAUAGUCGGUAUCAAC